AUGGAGGAGACACCGCCCCCGGGCUGCAGCAAGCCGCACCUAGAGAAGCUGACCCUGGGGAUCACCUGCAUCCUAGAAUCUUCCCCAGGUGUAACAGAGGUGACUAGCAUAGAGAAACCACCUGCUGAAUGUCAUAUGAUUUCUUCAUGGGAACAAAAAAAUAACUGUGUGCUACCUGAGGAUGUGAAGGAUUUUUACCUGAUGACCAAUGGCUUCCACAUGACAUGGAGUGUGAAGCUGGAUGAGCACACCAUUCCAUUGGGCAGCAUGGCAAUUAACAGCAUCGCAAAACUGACUCAACUCAACCAGUCUUCCGUGUAUUCACUCCCAAAUGCACCAACCCUGGCAGACCUGGAGGAUGAUGCACUUGAAGCCAGUGAGAACCAGCCAGAGAAGCCUCCCUUUGAUUCUCGCAGUGUGAUAUCUGAGCUGGAUCCUUGCAAUGGGAAUGGGAAGGUUUGCCUUGUCUACAAAAGAGGGAAACCAGCGUUAGCGCAAGACGCUGAGAUCUGGUUCCUGGACAGAGCGUUGUACUGGCAUUUUCUCACCAAAUCCUUCACUGCUUACUAUCACCUGCUCAUCACGCACCUGGGCCUGCUGCAGUGGCAGUACGCCUUCACCAGCUAUGGCAUUAGCCCACAGGCCAAGCAGUGGUUCAACAUGUAUAAACCCAUCACCUACAACACAGACCUACUUGCAGAAGAGACCAACUGCUUCGUGAACAAGCUGGAUCCCAGCAAAGUGUUCAAGAGCAAGAACAAGACCUUAAUCCCCAAAAAGAAAGGGCCAGUCCAGCCUGCAGGUGGCCAGAAAGGGCCCCCGGGUCCUCCCUCCACCUCUAAAUCCUCUUCUAGCCCUGGAAACCCUGUCCGGAAAUGAGCACCCCAACCUCCCCGCCAGCCCUACAGCAACGAUUUCCAGGCACGGAUGGCCCAAGCCUCAGAUUCUGUGAGUGGCACCAUAGGCCUUUUCCCAUCUGCGUGAGCCAAGUCCUACGCCUUUUACCCCCGUUGGCAUUAGCCAGGAGUUCAAGGGCAUACUCAGGUCUCCCCCAGAGUCCUUUCCUCAGCCCUUGCCUCUGAAAGCUGUGGAGAGUUUCAGAACUUGUUUAAGUAGUUAAAUAGAGCUGCUAAGAGCUUUCCUCUCUUUCCACCCCCAACCGUCUACACCCCUCAGCAGGGAUUAGAGAAAUCCCCUGAAGAAACCACUGAUUUUGACCCAUGAGGCAUUAGAACUGUGCUGUUCAGUUGGUAAUCACUAGCCAAAGGUGGCUGUAUAAAUAAAAAACUCAGUUUGUCA